CCCCCCGCUGCGGAACGUCACUGAAAGAGAGAGGACAGCAUCUUGGCCGACCCAGCUCUUAGAUAACUGAAUGUUAGCCAGCCAAACAGGACCGACCUCACUCUUUUUCUGUGUGAGCCCUCCAGCCACAGGCGCACAGCCCGUGGAGAGGCAUGUCACAGCUGAAAGACACCCAGCCCUCCCUGAUCUGCGUGGAAAGGCAGCAGAGCGCGACCAUUUUCCAGCUUUACGCACGGGCUAUUAACCUUCUUUAUUCGCAAGCCUGAUAUAAAUCGGAUCUCUGCCUGGGCUUUGUGGCGCUUUUUAAAAUUACCUAUAUGAUAAUCAUGAUUCCCAGUCCAGCUGUAGCUGCGUCCACCACGCCCUUUUCCGUGAAGGACAUUCUAAAGCUGGAGCUGCAGCAACAGUCUCAGCAGCAACAGCUUCAGCUGAUCUCCUGCUUCGGCCUCUCCGGCGCGCUGGCACAGUCGGGAUCCUUCCCAAACAAGCCGUUCGGCUCUCACUCGCCGCCCUCCUGCAUGCUGGCGGGCAGGGACAGCCCCAGCCCCAUCAGCUCCUGCCUGUCGGAGAGCGAGGAGAGGAUGUCGUACCUUAGCGCGCUGAGCGUUCAGGACCGACUGACGGAGUCCGGAUUGGCCGCGGAUGUGUUCGGAGACCCGGCACAAAUUCAUUCCGCAGACCCGCACCUGCAGAGCGAACAGGAGGAGCACGGCGGCAAAAGCUGUGGUGCUCUGAGAGGCGAGUGUGGAGAGGACACAGAGUCAGAGAAGCCCGUCACCAAGCAGCAGAGGACCAGGAGGAAGCCCCGCGUCCUUUUCUCCCAGGCCCAGGUGUUCGAGCUGGAGCGGCGCUUCAAGCAGCAGCGCUACCUGUCCGCCCCAGAGAGGGAGCACCUGGCCAGCUCCCUGAAGCUCACCUCCACCCAGGUCAAGAUCUGGUUCCAGAACAGGAGGUACAAAUGUAAGAGGCAGCGACAAGACAAGACGCUUGAGAUCGCGGGGCACCACCAUCACCACCAUCAUCAUCACCAUCCACCACCGCCGCGGAGGGUGGCGGUGCCGGUCCUGGUCCGGGACGGGAGGCCUUGUCUGGCCGGAUCGCAGAACUAUAACAGUCCUUACACAGUAGCAGCUCCGAAUCCUUACAGCUACAACUACCCGGCCUACAGCUACAACAACUCUGUGUACAAUAACACAUACUCUUGUACUUAUGCUAGUUUGCCCGCUCUUCCACCGAGCAACAGCGCUCCGAAUGCGUUCAUGAACAUGAAUUUGGGAAAUCUGGGCGCGCAGACGCAAAGCCAGGCUCCUCAAGGACCGGUGAUCCAACCCUGCCAGGGAACCCUGCAGGGCAUCCGGGCAUGGUAGCUGGGACAGGCUUCAACGGAUUAAUGAAUGGACUCAAGAUUACGAUCAUGCAAACUAUAUGUUGGCUUUAAGUAGGUGUAGCGAAUGAAGUAACCAUAAACCACAGACUGGGAUGAAAAAUUACAAUAUUGAAGAUUCAUUUCUUUAGAUCUACUUGGACUAUUUGCAAGUGUUAGACUAUGGAUGUAAAGUAAUCCUAAAAUAACAGAAACUGAUAUGUGCAUUUCUGAAUUGCAAUUAGCUUUUAAACAAUUAAAUCUGGAGUUUGGACAAUUAAAUGUUGGAUGAAGAGGAAGGGGCCUGCUUCAAUGGAGCCAUAACAAAACCACAAGUCAUUGCAAGCGCUUCGUGCGUACAGUAUUAUGUUGAGAUUUUUUACUACUCGUGUACAGCUUUACUUGUGUUUAAUACUGUUUUUGUUUUUCUUUUUAUGGAUGAUACUGAAAGUCUAUAAAUGCAAUAAAACUGGCGAUUAACAGGAUCUGAGCGGUGCAGUGACUAAGCAUUAAUAUGAGAAUAAUCGACGGAGUGAAGAAAGAAAACCAGACAAAAAGCACAACUUGACUUAGUGUUUGUCUCUUUCUGUGCCUAAUGGCACGCUUUCUGUUCAGAUUGCCCCUCUAAAAUGUUAUCCGGUGAGUUUUAUUCCAACAUUUUUCUAAGUUUCA